UCCGUUAUCAGUGCAUCGGUUGGCGCGAAUUGCGCCCCACUUAAAAAUUUGGGAAAGCACCCUUCUGAUCUCCUCAUCCCGCGAUUCGCGUCCAGCGACGGGAAUGCGACUUGUAGGCAGGUGCGGGCGCAUCUCAACUGCUCAACUUGCCUUCAACAUCAAUACCUACCGAAGGUAACUUAUCCUCCAUUAACUCUUGCUUCGUAUGAGCUUGUCGCUCAGCCUGCAAUCAUGGAGGAACCGCUCGACUUCAAAGCUCUGCAGGACAAGAUCCAAGCAGCGCUCGUCGCAACCACCCGCAAGGUCAACUUGAUCGCGACCCAGGACAUUGCCUUCCGCCGUAGUGUCGAUCCGGAGGCCGGAGAGCUGUUGGAUGAGCAGCGUGAGAAGCUCCUAAGCUUGGCAUCAUCACUGGUCAACACUGCCGCGAGCUUGGGAGGCGGCAAGAGCUCCAAGCCCAAGAGAGCUUUGGAGCUGGAAGACGCCGAAGAAGUUGAUGACAACUGGCAGGCCAUUGUCGACUCGCUGGAUAUCGCCCUCGAGAAAGCCGAUACCUGCAUCGACGAGUAUACAGGACUUGUGAAGAGGAAGGAUGCGCCGACUGCAGACAUGGGCCCAACCGCCAAAAAGUCGAAACCGGGCAUACUUGAUCGAUCCUUACGCUACGCAAACAUCAUCAAGCCCCAAAAGGCGUUUGAAGUUCCGCCCAAGAACCAUGACAAGGGCCCUUGGAAGCCACUUUUGACCAAGAAGCCUCACGCUAUCGUCCCCCUUGACAAGAGCUUGGCCACCUUCGAUAACGAGGAUGCAGAGACACAGUACAAACAUCCGUACGAGACAGAAAUACUGCAAUCGAGGCACCCAGAAAGCGUAUAUCAGAAGCGCGACCCCAUACCGUACACGCCCAUCGCUAAAUCCUCGCCGACCUAUGUCGAUACCUACGAAGGUGUACUGGAGAUGCUGGAGGAUCUCAAGCAGGCCAAGGAAAUCGCAGUUGACCUAGAGCAUCAUGACUUCAGAACCUACCACGGACUCCUCUCGCUGAUGCAGAUCAGUACCAGAGAGAAGGACUGGAUUGUUGAUACUCUGAAGCCAUGGAGGCAACAACUGGAGAUUCUGAACGAAGUGUUUGCUGACCCGAGCAUUGUUAAGGUGUUCCACGGCGCCUUCAUGGAUAUUGUGUGGCUUCAGAGGGAUUUGGGGCUUUACGUUGUCGGGCUCUUCGAUACUUUCCACGCGGCUGAGGCGCUCAUGUAUCCUAGCAAGAGCCUUGCGUACCUCCUCAAAAAGUUUGUCGAUUUCGAGGCGGACAAGCGUUAUCAGACUGCCGAUUGGCGAAUCAGGCCAUUACCCGAGGAAAUGCUUUAUUAUGCCCGCUCGGAUACGCAUUACCUGCUGUAUGUGUAUGAUAUGAUGAGGAACGAGCUCCUGAGGCAAUCCGUCAGCGGCGAUCCUCACAGGGAUCUACUCGAGAGGACGCUCCAGAGGUCGAAAGACACGGCUCUCCAGCGUUACGAGGCAUAUACUAUCGACGGAGAAACAGGUCGAGGGUCGCGCGGCUGGUUCAAUCUGAUUCACCGAUUGCCAAACACUUUUAGCAGAGAGCAGUUUUCCGUCUACCGAGCACUGCACAAGUGGCGCGACGAUGUGGCGCGACGAGAGGACGAGAGCCCCAUGUUUUUGAUGUCAAACCAGUUACUCGUGGACAUCGCACGGGCUAUGCCAGAGACGGCUAACGAUCUACGCAGGCUCUUCACAAAUGUGGGCCCGCCAGUGAGGAACGCCGUUGACGAGCUUGUGGAUCUGAUACAAGAUUCUCGACAAAAGGGGGCGACUGGCCCAUCUCUUUUGGAGGUCAUCAAAGCCGAUAGUGCCAAUGCUGCAUUCUCCAACAUGACUUUAACGGACGCAUAUAGAAGUGCGAAGACGACAAACGCAGGCCAAGGCGAUGAUGAUAUACCUGAUGCAGUAGAGGUUGCAGGCUCACGGUCACAGUUAUGGGGCAAUCUUCCAAUGAGCACCUUGUGGGAGAAGGUAUCUAACAAGGUAGCUUCAUCGGCUAGAGAAGAUGAAGACCAUAUUGCUGUACCCUGGAGCUCGUUUGUCGCCAAUGCUCAGGUUACUGAAGAUGAUGGCACGGGUGCUUUAGGCCAGGCAGAUGUGGAUGAGAUGGAUCUUGAUGAAGACGGAGGCGCCCCGCUCAAGCUGGAAGUCGAAACGGCCCCCGAAGCAAAAGAUGAACAGUUUACGCUGCGCUCUGGACGUUCAGAAGGAACAGGGAGGACACAGCAAGACAAUGAUUCGUCAGACAGCUCGUCUGAUGAGGACUCUGAAGAGAAAGAGCGUCUCAAGGCUGAGAAGCAACAGCGAAAGCAAGAAAGACGUGCACUGAAGCAGAAGCUCAAGGAGGAGAAGGCUGCAAAGAAAGCGGAGGAAAAGGCUGCCAGGAAAGCAGAGAAAAAAGCACUGAAGGCGGCUGCCAAAGCCGAAGAAGUCGAGGAAGAUGACGGCGAGGAGAGUGACGACGAGCAGCCUUUCGACUACAGCAAGGCACAGUCAGUCAUGCGUAGCAAGCGGGAUCAUGGAGCUGACAAGAAGGGCAGCGGUGGUGCUAAGGUCUUCGAUCCAUAUACCAGCAAGACGACUGCGCAAGGUCCCAAGCCGGCAAGGAGAAUGAAUUUCGAAAAACCUGGCAAGACUGCGACAUUCAAGAAGUAAAGGAUACUUGGUGUGGGCUUUAGGAUACUCGGCCGGGAGGCUUAAUCAAUCUGGAAGGCAUCUUAGCUUUUGAUGGUGCCCCAGGCAACGAGCUGUCUCUAGAAGACACGAGAUACCGCUCCAGCAUCCGCAAUUACUUCUUCGACUACUAGCACUACUGUUGGAAUUUUUCUUCCUACUUGGACCGUUUCAGUUGCAAAAGUAUGAAUGAGUGCUGACGACGUGUGUGCAAUUUGUCAGUGCUCCAAGUUUCUAUGAGCAAAUCGCAACACAACAGCUAUCGCGGCACAAGCAACUCUCGGUUGACAUGUCCUCUAUAUCUUUGUGCGAUAAGAAAAAUGACGUUCUACUGAAUUGUGGUUUCAGUGAUUUGAUGCAAUUCAUACUCAAAACCGCACAGCUGAUAUGGGCAAGGAUUAUACAGAAUCUCAGCCUCUUAAUAAGGUGUCUUUAGCAAGGUAGGUAUCUUUGUACGUCUGCGCCCCCUCACUGUUCUUUGCAUGAUUGAAGUAACCUGGACGAAUCAACAGCUGUGUCUCAGUCUCCG